ACUUCUAAUUCUGUGCCUACGUUAAACAAUUUAGUGUCGGCACUGCGAAAGACUGUGAACGAUUUGGGGUAAUUUGGAACGAGUUAAACGAGUGCAGGGAGUAUUUCGUCAGUACGAGGGUUCCGUUUUAGUUCUGUUCAUAAUAUUUUAGUAUUUAGAGAAACUUUACAGAUUUGCUCGUCAAAUGCGUUGACUACGGCCGUGAAACCCCAAAUUGCACCACGACUAGAUCUGUAGCUUUUAUUUCGCGGUUUACUUGUACGAGACUCGGUACAUAAAUCAAACCUGCAAGAGUUUGAACGGGCACGUGAGAGGUGUCCACAACAUUGCGCUUCCUGGUGAGAAACCUCAAUUAGUUCAUUUCUGUGCCAUACGAUGACCGAGUCCAGUGACUUGGAUCGGCAAAUCGAACAGCUGAAGAAAUGCGAAAUUAUCAAGGAGGCAGAGGUCAAAGCUUUAUGUGCUAAGGCACGGGAGAUUCUCAUUGAAGAGAGCAAUGUACAACGUGUUGAUUCACCUGUGACAGUUUGUGGAGAUAUCCAUGGACAAUUUUAUGAUUUAAAGGAAUUGUUCAAAGUAGGUGGAGAUGUGCCGGAAACAAAUUAUCUUUUUAUGGGAGAUUUUGUAGACAGAGGCUUUUAUAGUGUCGAAACAUUUCUUCUUCUUCUUGCGCUAAAGGUUCGUUAUCCGGAUAGAAUUACAUUGAUAAGAGGAAAUCAUGAAUCCCGACAAAUAACACAGGUUUAUGGAUUUUAUGAUGAGUGCUUACGUAAAUAUGGCAGUAUAACAGUAUGGCGAUACUGCACGGAGAUAUUUGACUACCUAUCGUUAUCUGCUAUCAUUGAUGGCAAGAUUUUCUGUGUUCAUGGUGGAUUGUCACCUAGUAUCCAGACUCUGGAUCAAAUUCGGACUAUAGAUAGAAAACAAGAAGUUCCUCAUGAUGGGCCAAUGUGUGAUUUAUUAUGGUCUGAUCCUGAAGACACCCAAGGCUGGGGUGUGUCGCCACGUGGUGCCGGUUAUCUUUUCGGCAGCGACGUGGUAGCGCAAUUUAACUCAGCCAACGAUAUUGAUAUGAUAUGCAGAGCUCAUCAAUUGGUGAUGGAAGGUUACAAAUGGCACUUCAACGAGACUGUGCUGACUGUUUGGUCUGCACCAAAUUACUGCUACAGAUGCGGCAACGUGGCAGCAAUAUUGGAAUUAAACGAACAUCUUCAAAGAGAUUUUACGAUAUUCGAAGCGGCGCCGCAGGAAAGUCGCGGCAUACCCAGCAAGAAGCCGCAAGCAGAUUACUUUUUAUAAAUGAGUAUUGUAGAGUACAAAAAUCAUCAAAAUCGCAUUGAAUUGAUUUCCAAUUUUAAUUUUCUUUAUCUCUCUGUCUCCAAACAGUUUGUAUCACAAUCAUGAAGAAGACUAACAGACGGCUUGCUGUUAUUUUUUAUGGCAACAUGAUUUAUAUUGAGUCGUUAAUGAUAAUCGUAUAAGAUUAUGUGGAUAGAACUGCGACGGUAUAUGUAAAAGGAACUGAUGUAAAAUAAAAUAAAAUUUGUCUCGAUUUAGAAA